CCACAAACAACAGGUCAAACUUGGCUCCAUCAUUAUCCAUCCAAAGCGUCCACCGCAGCACAAGACAAGCACCAUGGCAAACGUCCACGGCCUAUUCAGCGGCGACGACAAUAAGGAAGACGAGGAAGAAGAUAACACUAACAACCGCUAUGUGGGUGGCAUAGGUGCUCGAGGAGGAGGAAGCGGGUUGGCCGUGGAACCCAACCAUGACGAAGAAGCCGAUCCUCGUGAUUCGGUCUUCUCGCAGGCAGAAAAUGUCGGACCGGGUGGAGCAGGAGAGGAAGUGCGUCGGACCAUCACCAUGUACCGCAACGGUUUCAUUGUCGACGACGGUCCCUAUCGCCGUUUGGACGAUCCGGCCAAUGCCGAAUUUCUGCGUUCGCUAGCACAAGGCGUGACGCCUCGUGAAUUGUUGAGCGAAGGAGACGUCACCGUCGGUCUCAUUGACAAACGCAGCGAAGAGUACAUUGAAAAAUUCCAGUCCUUUUCGGGAGCGGGUGCUAGUUUGGGAACCAAAACGACCGGGGAAGAAGGCGGCAGUGACACGGUAGACCCAGCAACACUCCCGCCACAACCACCCGCCGUGGAUGCCAGUCAACCCACGACGUCCAUUCAGGUGCGAUUGCCCAAUGGAAAACGCAAAGUCGUCAAAAUCAAUCUGUCUUCCUCGGUCACGGAUCUCGCCGCUCAUUUGCGGGAUGUGGCAUCGGGACGAUUCCGACUCUUGGCUGGAUUCCCGCCGGCGCCCAUUACGGAUUUGACCCAAUCUGUCGAGGCAGCUGGACUCAAGGGAGCUUCUGUGUCCAUGCAAGCGGCAUAGAUCGACAAUACAAAAGAAAAUGUUCAACAAACAAGAGAAAAUAAUAUACAGAAAUACUUGCGCACAGACCAAAUCCGUUGUGUGGAAAAAAGUGUGUGCCAAGAACAACACGCCCCAAUGAUCGCGCGGUGACUAAAACAAUACACAAAUUCGAAGCAAGACGAUUGUCCGCUUAGUCAAACGUAAAAAAGAUCAAACCAUAUUCCAUAAACUAUCUAGAUGCUUGGAUCUAUCUCCUGCCCAUGAUUCUUGUCCAGAGUUUUUUCGUGAGUUCCACCCAACAAUUGCCUAGUGGGAUGUUUACUCCACAACCGACUGCUCUCGAGUCAUCACUCUUUUUCGUUGGGCUUUGAAGGAAACCCACAGUUGUCUGGAAAUACUGGUACAGUAUCCCUCAAGGAGUUUGUCAGAUUAAUGGCACCUGUGUUGGCGUUGCCUGGGAUCCCCGUGACCAAGUUGGUGGCUUGACAUGGACUGUACUGGUACCGUACCGGUACCAAUGCGCCAUGUGGUUGUUCUUGCGUAUUCGAGGAUGCUGGCAAAAUCUGAGUAAGUCAACAUCGUUGAUUGUCUCGAUUGGGCGGCAAACAAUAGCGCUAGCUUGGCUCUCUGCAUUGUUUUAUUUGCGGCAAGAACGUUUUGCCCACAUGGAUUGUUUGUU